AUGACGAAACGAAGACAAAUACACAACAGUCUCCAAAAAAAACGCGACACAUACGUCAACAGCCCAGAGAGAACACGUUGUCUCCUCAAUCUACUGAGGCAUGAUCCGAGGAAUGAUAAUCUUCCACCCUACUCCUCCACUCAAUCAUCACGUCCGAGUUUGGGACUUCCUAGUCAACAAAAACCAUCCAUCAAGGGAAAAGAAAUUAAGAAUGACAGGCCUCCUCCUUACGGAUUACCCGAGAACAUGAGUUCGGCAUCCCGUUGCCAGUAUGUCAGGGGUUUAAUUGAUAGAAGAAAAGCCGAAAUCCAAACCUUGGAACAACAAUUAGAGGAAGAAACUGGAAGAGCAAGACCUUCACCUACGGGUACAACUUUGCGGGUCGGAGAAUCUUCGUCUAUACAUGUUACUUUGCAGAGAGAAGCGGCACAGGAAGAAACAGGGGAGGAAGGAAUUCCGAGUACAGAUUUAUCUUCUCAGACAAAAGGAACAAUGCAAGAUAUGGAAUAUUAUAUUCAAUAUUAUAUUCCAGACUGCAAGUACCGGGAUGCACUUGCAAGAAUUGAAAAACGAGACAAAUUUGGCAAAAAAGGAACGCGAAAGAUCGACUCUUCAACAUGA